AUGUCUGUUGUCGCUGGAGACAAUAUGAUGGAAAAGAAGAAGGAAAUUCUGUUUGAAGGAACUUGGAUGCAGCAUCCGCCCUUCAGAAGCAGGCUAAUGAACUCGAGUGUCGCGUUUCUGCUUCCGAGCCUGAAAAGCGAGCAAGAAAUGCGGAAGGACCUCCUUACUAUUGUGCAGUUGGGGUUCGCUUUCUUUACUGUGUUUUCCGCUUUCAAUUCCCAGGGUUUUAUUGAAAUUUCGGUGUUGAGAAGCCUCUCUCAGCAUGAUCCAUCGUCUGGAAUCACCUCGAAUAGCGGUUAUUACAGUCUGGCUAUUAUUUACCUGGUCUUCACUGUUUGCAACCUCUUCGCGCCCCCGAUAAUUCAUGUCCUCGGGGCCAAGUGGGCACAGGUUCUCGGAGCAGCUUGUUACACGUCCUUCAUGAUUCAGUUCUUAUUUUUAAACGCAUGGAGACUUUAUUUUUUCUCUGCAGUAUUGGGAUUUGGUGCUGCAGUAAUUUGGACGGCAAAUGGCGCUUAUCUGGUACAAUUCUCCCGAAUUGGAAAAAUGGGCCGAAACAGUGGAGUCCUGUGGGCAAUGUUACAGACAUCUCUAGUCGCUGGAGCGAUCUUUCUGUUUUUCGUCCUUAGCUAUGGCGACCUUUUCUCGUCGUAUCGAUUCCUCUACAGCGCUUUCGCAGUCGUUUCAAGUAUUGGAAUCGUCACACUUUGUCUUCUACCAUCUAGCCCACCUGUUAAUUUAGACGAAAGCCUCCAAGAUCCACUUUUUGAUGAAAAUGCGGAUGAGCUGGAUGUUUCAGCUCCUGUCGACAUAACUUCAACGAGGGAUUGGCGCGAGGAAUUCAGUAGUUUCUUUUUUGGAACUAUAUUGGGACCGUGUCCGGGAUGCUUGACUCUUGUAGAGCACACUUUCUCGCUUCUUGCCACCAGAGACAUGAUGCUUUUAUCGGUAUGUUUCCUGUACAGUGGUAUCGAAACAUCUUUCUAUACAGGUGGUUUACUAUUUGGUGUGUUUCCUCGCAGUAACAGUCUGAAUCGCUCACAGAUCGUCAUUCUUGGCAUGAUUCUUCAUGUGACUGCAUUCUUUUUAUGCUUCCUUAAUCUUCCCAUGGAGGCUCCUCUGCAUAAGACAUCAGCCAUCGGGUAUAUUGAACCAAGCGUUUUCGUCGCCAUUGUGACUGGUUACUUCCUUGGUCUUGCUGAUUCGUGCUGGAAUACUCAGAUUUACACACUCAUUGGUGUCGCAUACAAGGACGAGUCAUCGUGUGCUUUUGCCCUUUUCAAGUUUUUCCAGUCACUAGCGGCGUGUGCUUCCUUCUACUACAGCUCCAUCUUGCUGCUUCACUGGCAGCUACUCAUGUUGUGUCUUGGAGCAGCAAGCGCAGCCGUCUGCUUCUUCAUGGUUGCACUCAAGGCCGAAGAACAAGUGGAAGUGGAUUAA